CCCAGUUUCCCUCCGCCCCGCCCCUGACCUGUCCUAUAAAAGUACAGGCCACCUCCUUCCCACUGAGAUAAAACCGUCCCGGCGGCUCCGGCACCAGGGUCCAGCCUGCGACAGCCCAUCCAGGCUUGGACGCUGGAUCAACACCUGUGACUUCACGUGUGUGCGUUCCCGCAACAUCUGUAGUCACAUCUAUAGCCACCCUGGCAGAGGAAUCCACACUUAGGUUCGGAACCUAGGUGGCUACAAGUUCUCAAACCUCAUCUGUGACCCUCAGUACCCUACACCUGGGUCACACUUGUGACACUUAAAUUUCCACCUGAGACCAAUACCCAUAAUUACAUUUGCGAUACUGGGCCACACUAUCCGUGGCUACACUCUGAAACUUUAGUGACACCCAAGGGACUUCUUACCUCAUUUGUAAUACCUGGCUGCGACUACAGCACAUCACAGAGUAGGACCUACUCUUGAUUCUCCCAAGAGAGCAAUGGCCACAGAGAGGGGGCCCCAGCGCAUACUCUUCGGAGAGUGGCUCCUGGGUGAGGUCAGUAGCGGCCAGUACGAGGGCCUUCGGUGGCUGGACGAGGCUCACACAGUCUUCCGUGUGCCCUGGAAGCAUUUCGGUCGCAGGGAUCUGGAUGAAGCUGAUGCACGUAUCUUUAAGGCCUGGGCCGUAGCCAGAGGGAGGUGGCCCCCUAGUGGAGGUAACCUGCCACCCCCAGAGGCGGAGGCUGCUGAGCGAGCAGGCUGGAAAACAAACUUCCGCUGUGCACUCCACAGCACGGGACGCUUUAUCUUGCAUCAAGACAAUUCAGGGGACCCUGCUGACCCCCACAAGGUGUAUAAACUUAGCACGGAGUUUGGAUGUACUGAAGGCCCGGCCAUGGAGAAUAGGGAAGAAGUGACCGUCAGCAAUGUCUUACCUACACAGGGUGUGUCCCUGGAACCAUUCUCAGCAAGAGGAAAUACUGGGCUCCAGACCCCAAGCCCUCUGCUUUCUGGUGAUACUGGGGACCUCUUGCUUCAGGUUCUGCAGUACAGUCUCCUGGGGGACCACCUCCUGGGAUCUCACUCAGCCCCAUCACAGGACCCUGGCUGGGAGCAAGAGCAUGCUUCUGAGGACCCUCACGCAGCAUGGCAGGUGGGAGCCGUCCCCGGCCCGAGGCUUCAACACCCAGCUCUAACAACUGGAUACCUGGAUGUGACCAUCAUGUACAAGGGCCGCACAGUGCUACAAGCAAUGGUGGGGCACCCCAGCUGCGUGUUCCUGUACAGCCCCAUGAGCUCAGUGACAAGAAACUCAGAGCCCCAGCCAGUGAUUUUCCCCAGCCCUGCUGAGCUUCCGGAUCAGAAGCAGCUGCGUUACACAGAGACACUGCUGCAGCACGUGUCUCCAGGACUUCAGCUGGAGCUGCAGGGGCUCUCACUGUGGGCCCUGCGCAUGGGCAAGUGCAAGGUGUACUGGGAGGUGGGCAGCCCCAUGGGCUCCACCAGCUCCUCCACCUCAGCCCAGCUCUUGGAGCGCAACUGCCGCACCCCAAUCUUUGACUUCAGCACUUUCUUCCGAGAAUUAGAAGAGUUCCGGGCUCGGAGGCGACAAGGAUCACCACACUAUACCAUCUACCUGGGUUUUGGACAGGACUUGUCAGCAGGCAGGCCCAAGGAGAAGAGCCUGAUUCUGGUCAAGUUGGAGCCAUGGCUAUGCAAAGCUCACCUGGAGGGAGUGCAGCGUGAGGGUGUGUCCUCCCUGGACAGCAGCAGUCUCGGCCUGUGCCUGUCUAGCACCAACAGUCUCUACGAUGACAUCGAGCACUUCCUCAUGGACCUGGGUCAGUGGACCUAGCCCAGAACUGCAACUCCCAAUAAAGAGAGUCCAGUGCUGUCCUGA